AGGUCUCGGAGCAGAACCACAACAAGAACGUGUACAGGAAGGAGGGUGACAGCUCCACUGUAGUGUUGAUUUACUACUGGGACGACAGGGACGGUCCCAACUUCCACGGCUGGUGGUUCGGGCCGAAGAUUGGCGGUGACCAGGUGUGGGCCUACAACGAGGACAAGGGCUCCCCGAACCCCCCUGGGCAGGGCUGGAAGGUGCCGUGGAACGGGAGCGUGGACGCCAGCCUGAAGGUCACCAUCACGCCCGGCAGCGGUGCCCAAGCGCUGUUCUAUUCGAUGCAGAACAACCCGUACGCCGAUUGGGCCGCGGGCAACUCGAGCGCCACCCCGGUCAGGGCGGAGAAGAACGAGGUGAUCCAGCAGCGCAUGGCGGCCCUCAAGGAGAAGAGGCAGCAGGAGGAGACCCUGAGGCAGGAGCAGGCCGCCGCGCUGGUCGUCCGCAAGGUC